UUUGAGGAUAGAUUGAAAUAGGUUCGUGUAUAGAAUAUGUGAAAUAGAAAGGAUAGAUAUAGAGUGGAAAAAAUAUUGGAAUGAUUUUAUGAAUAGAAAAGAUGGAAAUAAGUAUAGUUAAAUUUGAUUUAAAAUAAUGAAAUAGUAUAUAGAAGUAGGUUAUGCUUUAUCAAAUAGAGUGAAAUGUUAGAACUGUUUAUAGAACAUAGUUAAGGAUGAUAUAAGGAUUGGACAUGUAUUAACAAGACCUCCUGGAUUUGGUUUUGAUAAGAAAGUAUGGUAUCACUUACAUUGUUUGACAUCAAUAAAGGGUGAUAGAAAUUAAGAUUUGGAUGUUGUUAAUAUUCAUAGUUUAAAAGAAGGAGAUUAAAAGAAAGUAAGACAGAAAGUAGAUUAGAUAAAGAAGAGUAGUUAUUAGAAAAGUAAAAUGUUAUAUAAAAUUAUGUAGAGGAUUAAAAGGAAGUGAAAUAUUUGUCAAAAUAAGAACAUUUUUAGAAUUAUGUAAAGAUUUAACGAGAUCUUCAUUUCAAUUAAAAGUUAAGAUAAUAAGCAAUGUUUUUUGAGAAGAUGGAUUAGAGUGAUGAAUAAUGGUGA